CUGUCCGCCUGCCUGCUACCGGCCUGCCGCAGGCCUACAGUGCCGUCGGCGCAGGCCUGCGCCGGCGCCCCCAGAGGCCAGAGGCCCAGACCCCAGUGGAGGAAGCGCCUGCCCCAGAUCCCAAAGUUCUAAUCCUAGGUCCGCCACCGGCAGCAGCGAUGGCGUCGUCGUCUUCGCGCCCUCUGCUCCACCGCCUAGCGGCGCUGGCAGGCGGCCGUGUCCGCGCCAACCACCGCCUGCUCUCCUCCUCCCCCUCGGCUGUCUCUGCCGAGCGGACGUUGCAGUCGCCAGCGGAGCCGGAGGCCGUGCGCAUGACGGAGGAUUGCGUCCGGAGAAUAAAAGAAUUACAUGCUAAAGAGCCAUCCGCUGAAGGUAAGAUGCUGCGGUUAAGCGUUGAGGCUGGUGGAUGUUCUGGAUUCCAGUAUUCUUUCUCUCUCGAUGACAAGAAAAACUCAGAUGACAGGGUCUUUGAGACUGAUGGUGUUAAAUUGGUUGUGGAUGGCAUUUCAUAUGACUUUGUGAAAGGUGCCACUAUAGAUUACGAGGAGGAACUUAUACGUUCAGCAUUUGUGGUCUCUACAAAUCCAAGUGCUGUUGGGGGCUGCAGCUGCAAGAGUUCUUUCAUGGUCAAAUAGCUGCAACUUUAUUAGCUUGAAGACCGGAAAUAGCAUUUUGUAGCGAAAUAUACCUUUUAGAUACUGGGGGUACUUCGAUUUUUGGUAGUUCUGAAGAUGUUUCAUUAUGGGUUUUUGUUACUGUUAGAGAUAUCACAAACAGCCUGGUCCUAUUUGUAUGGCUCUACCUUGAUGACAAAUUUAUGUAUAUGUAAUCAUCUGAGUUUUUACGGUAUUUUUGUAUUGCUUUAUAACAAAAUGCUAAAUAAGAUGAACAGUCACUUGUUUUUGUACUGAUAUGACUGAAUAUAUUUGAGAACUUUUGAUUAUCGA